AUGAGCGGUAAAAUACAAGAGGGCCAUGACAAAGAAGAUAAUGAAUCAUCGAAAAAGAGAAAGAUGAAUCUGCAAGGCAGAGAGAAGUCGAAUAAGAUUCUAGAAACGAAUAACCGAAAAUUUGCACAGGCCACUAGAACACCCAAAGCUUGUGAUCUAUGCCGAAAACAAAAAACUAGAUGUUUCAAAUCAGUCAAUGAUGAAGUGUCAUGUUCAAGGUGCAUAUUUCUUAACAAGGAAUGCUCAUUUGGCCAAAGUCAACAUAUUUCACAAUCCCCAUCAAUACCAGAUAAUGAAAUAUUUAAAGGGGAAGAAACAAAAACUAAGCUUGACUUAAUACAUGCUGGAAUUAAUGAAUUACUAUCCAUCGUUAAAUCUGAUAAUGGGAAACUUAACAUUCGUAGCAGUGAUGCCGAACUCUUGCUUACUGCUGGUCAGGCAUUUAACGGCUUACCAGAUUCUUCUUCAAACAUUUCUUCGUCAAAAAGAUCGAAAACAAAGACUCCCACAAAUAUGACUAGUAAUGUUUCUUCUGAAAUUGAGUCUCUUGCAGACACAGAUUCCGGAUCGUUGUUUAAUUAUCCAAUAGAUUCAUUUAAAAUGGCGCCAUUUGCGAUGAUAUGCAAUCAAGUUGAAACUUCCAAUAUUCCAAAAUCAAUAUUAAACUUGCUUAACCUAUCCACCGUUGAGCCUAAACUAGAUCACACCCCAUUAUAUAAAUUAAAUAAGGAUAUAAUAUCUUUGGGAUUAUUAACUGAGGCAGAGGCGGUUGAUUUAAUGAAUAAAUUUAGAAAAAAUCACGGAAGGUGGGUGCUGUUUCCCUCAAACGCUCCAACUGAUGUGUUGGUUGAAAGAAUUAGAAAUAAGUCACCCUUAUUGUUAACUACGUGUUGUUGUCUAUCUUUGAGAUACCUGUUCAAGGGAGCUAAUUCUAGCCAUCUUGAAAUUCUUAACAAGAAGAAAUCCAACUAUAGGUCGUUGAUAAAACAACUUGCAGAAGAAUUGAAUGAUUCGUUGCUGAAAUAUACUUCCUUCCCAAAGUCUACUUUAAAUCAUGGUGAUAUCGAGUUCUUGCAGGCACUAGUUCUUCUUUCAAUUUAUUCGUUAUCACUAUCAUCAAUUGCAUCUUCUCGGUUAAGUCUUGAUCUUAGUGAUGAUAGUGUUUUACAUGAAUUAAAUUUAGACGCAUGGUAUCUUUCUAGCAUAGGUUUAACAACAUUCGUAUCAAAGGCUACUUUUGGAACAUUAUUACAAAAGACCAAGAACACUAGUAACGCAGACUUGCCAUUUACUAUAUUCUACGACGAAAUAGACAGUGAGGAAUACCAAACAUUAACAACGUUAAGAAUAUUCAAUCAUCUCACAUUAGUACACUUGAUCAAUUGCAUUUUCUCCGGGCGAAUGUGUGUGGUUGAUGAAAUAAGGUUGAAUUACUGUAAAGCUACACUUACUUUGCCCAGUUCUACUAAUUUUGACGGAAGAAUGGUCAGUGAGAUAAGCAUAUUGCUAAUCACUUACAAUUAUAUUCAACUAAAUUUGAAUGACAUCACUGCAAUUACUCUCGAAGAAUGUGAAAUGAGUUACGGCGCAAUCACAGAAGACAUGAACGCAUGGUACAACCAAUGGGAAUAUAUUUUCAACCAGCCGACUUUACAGUUUGUAGAACUAUGCUAUCACUUUUGCGGUCUAAUUGUUAUCUACGCCUACAAUUAUCGCAGGUCCACGUUGAUAGAUGCCAACCUUCCGGUUUUUGACAUAUUCGACGAUCACAAUGUGGAUAAUGUUCUACACCAUUGUAAUUCUCAGUCUCUACGCGAGAUGGUUGUACAUGCCUGUCAAUUGCUUAAGUUCGUCAAUGUUAUAGACAGCGACUCGUACUUUGCAUAUUUGUCGGACCAAAUCCAUUUUUGCUUUUACUUCACUACAAUCAUUUUGAUUAAAAUCUUGUCGUUUAUAAGAUUGCAGAAGCUACAAAUGGUCUCUGAUAUGUGCAACCUCGAUUCUGUUUUAAAGGAUAUAAACCUUCUUCUAAGAAAAUUUCAUACAAUCCAACAGGAUACCAAUGAUAUCGUCACGAAAUAUGAACUUGGCAUAAAGUACGCGUUGCACAAGCUGUUUGUUGAAUAG